AUGGUCUCUUCUCUGCAGACCUCACUAGAUCGACCCCAGCGGGAGAAACCAUCACAGGUAAAAUUCAUCCGCGAAGCACAAAUGAGUCUGUUUGCGAACAUACUUUCAUGGCCGCCCCUGGCUCGAGUCACCUUCCUGGAGAGAUCAAAGAAUGCCAUAGACGAAGGGGUUUGUCAGGACAAGGUUAACUUUACGGUACUACUUGAGUCAAGCCGCUCGUUCCCGGAACAAGCAUGGGAGGUGUCUAUCUGGCACAACAUCAAUGGGAAAUGGACGGAACUACCAUUGCAGAAAAAUACCCUAGGCCCAGCCCCUGUUCAUCUCGGGCGAGCAGGAGAGAACUAUCACCAGUACACAUUUUCUGCCCAGAUCGAGUUUCCCGAGGAAGGCAAGCAUGCCUCCUUUACCGUAAAAUAUCGAACUGAUCCUGGGUCGAAAUGGCAAUGGAUCAAUGAGCAAUUUGGAACCAAGGACGGCGAAAUGGUGUUUAGCCCCCGACAGACAUGGCUUGAUAAGUACACUGGGGGUGACGCUGUGGCUCAGAUCGCCGAUUUCAUAGAAAAUCUUGAUCAGCGAUUGAAUGUUCAGAAUCUCUUGAGUGAGGCUCCUGGUGCAGCAUUGUGGAGCAUUACUGGAAAUAUAGGGCCAGCUGUUGAUGCUAAGAGCAGGCAUGUGAUACUACCGCUCGGUUUACCGAAGGAUUUUGUCAGGAACUUUUCGCUUGUUCGUAUAUGGACCCCCUGGUUAGCCCCUAGGCAUGGAAUGGGGACUUAUCGACUGACAGAAGAUGCCAUCCUAUCCUCAUUCCUACGAAAAGAUGGUCUUUGUUUGGUGUUGCUGGCUAUUAGCGGCCCAACGAAUAUUCUUACCGUGCUUCGUUCAACCGAGUCUGGAGAGGUAAUUAUAUCUGCAAAAAACGAUGAUAACGAAGAAUCUGAAGCAAAAGUCCUUGCAUCUGCUGCGCCUUCUUUUGACGUUGCGAUUGCUUCAGUAAUGUAUGAAGCAAGAAAGUGCAUGAGAAGCUCUUCUAUGUCAUUACCUCAUUUGUUCGGAGAGAAAGAAAGGCCAGAGCCUCCAGCAGGCGAAGAAAAUGAUGAUGUGAACGCCCAAUGGAUGUCAAGCUGGUAUGAUGGCUUAGCAUAUUGCACUUGGAAUUCUCUAGGUCAGAACCUUACCGAGGAGAAAAUCCUUCUCGCACUAGAAACCCUGAAAGCGAAUGAUAUUAACGUCGUGAACUUGAUUAUUGAUGAUAACUGGCAGUCUUUGGAUAAUAAAGGUCAAUCUCAGUUCAAAAGAGGUUGGACAAGAUUUGAGGCAAAUGAGGAUGGGUUCCCUAAGGGGUUGAGACAUACUAUCGACACGAUAAGAAAUAAGCAUAAAAAUAUUAAACACAUUGCUGUAUGGCACGCCCUCAUGGGAUACUGGGGUGGGAUAUCGCCCAGUGGAGAGAUUGCAAAGAGAUACAAGACAAAACUGGUCAGAAAGGUAGAACGAGUUGCGGGUGGGACCAUGCUUGCUAUUGACCCAGAUGAUAUUUAUCGUUUUUACAACGAUUUAUAUUCGUUUUUGUUGGCUGCCGGAGUUGACUCCGUGAAGACAGAUGCUCAAUUUUUUCUUGAUGCCUUAGAUGACGCAACCGAUAGGGCACGAUUUACAAAGGCCUACCAAGAUGCGUGGUCAAUUUCCACCUUGAGGUACUUUCAAGCAAAGGCAAUUUCUUGCAUGUCCCAAGCUCCUCAGAUAAUCUUCCAUUCGCAGCUGCCUACCACAAAACCUCGCAUUUUGUUACGGAAUUCUGAUGACUUUUUCCCUGACAUUCCCAGCUCGCACCCGUGGCAUAUAUUCUGUAAUGCACACAAUUCAUUGCUAACUCGAUUCCUUAAUGUUGUGCCAGACUGGGACAUGUUUCAAACUCACCACCCCUACGCCUCAUUUCAUGGAGCAGCAAGAUGCGUGUCUGGAGGUCCUAUCUAUAUCACUGACGAACCUGGGAAGCAUGACCUUGGCCUAGUUAAUCAAAUGAGCGCUCCAUCUGUCAAUGGUGCCACUGUCAUUCUCCGACCUAGCGUCCUAGGCGCGACAGGGGAUGUUUAUCAUAAUUAUCAUGAAGGGCAGAUUUUGAAAGUAGGAACUUACACAGGCCGCGCUGAGACUGGAAGCGGUAUUCUCGGUCUAUUCAACAUAGCAAGCGAAGAGAAGUUUUCUCUAGUUUCGAUUUUCGACUUUCCGGGAAUAACUUCUGGCUCCAAAUAUGUUAUUCGUGCCCAUUCGACUGGGAAUAUGACUAUGGGAGUAUGCGACCAGAAUUUUCUUCUUUCUAUUUCUCUUGAGCAGCGAGGCUGGGAGAUUCUUACGGUAUACCCCGUUCAAUCCUUUUGUUUAGGCGGCCGUGGUGGUACAGAAAAGACCUUAGAAGAGACUCAUGUUGCAGUGCUUGGUCUCCUUGGAAAAAUGACUGGCGCAGCUGCUAUCAUUGAAUAUGAAGUGACUGACCUGGAAGAUGGUCGACUGCGCUUAGUAGUGACACUCAAAGCGCUCGGGGAGCUAGGGAUUUUUAUUUCGAAUAUUGGGGCGAAAACCGUUGAUGAUAAUUUUAUGGUAUUGCUUUCAGGCAGGGCGGUUCCAGCUGAAACCGUUGCAAUAAAAGACUUUGGUUCAAGCAAAGUACUUUCAAUAGAUGUGCUGGCGGCGUGGAGGAAAUUGAAGUUGCAGCCUGGGUGGAGUAAUGAGGUUGCCCUGCAAAUUUUUAUGAAAUAA